AUGCAUGGAAGAUCGCGCCUUAUCCGAUCGCUUUCGUCCCCUGGUCUUCCUCGAACCCGUCCCAACUCUCCAAAAACCCUCCCCAAACCCAAAUCCAGCCAAAGAACCAAACAACAACCCCUUCAACGAAACCACCAUGGACGCCCUCCACACGAAAGUAAAACUCCUGCGCGCGCGCUCGAGAAAGGGAAGGAACUCGCCGCCGAGAUCGAGCGACGCAUGGCCCUGGACCCGCCUAUCAAGUUUCCCACGCAUUUCUGCCACAAUUGUGUUCAGGACGGGGAGAUGGUCGAGGUACUGCUUACGAAAUGUGGACAUCGGGUUUGUAGGACGUGUCUUGACUUUUUGACUGAUGCGGAUGGGCAGUAUGAGUGUAGUAUUUGUUUUGUACCUGCUGAAUUUGUGGCGCGGAGUCCGUUGGCGUUGAUUCAGGAUUUUCCGGAGAUACCGACGCCAUUUAAAGGACGUGGCAGUUGGGAUGGGGGUGUUCCGACUGGUGAUCGGGAUUGGGAUAUGAGUGAGGUUUUGUUUUCUGAUCGUUGA